CGCCUACUCGCGGUUCGCGAAGCGCCGUCACCGUUGCUUGCUUCCACGCAUCGAUCCUUCGGCGACAUCACCGGCGGCAGCGGCGGCCGGGGGAACGGACGUGACCGACCAGGAGGAGAGAGAGGCAGCUUGGAUCUGCAGGUGCACGCGGGCGUAAGGGGAGAGGAAGCCGUCUCCUGCGCGCGCUCCGGCGCCUUCACCGGUGCUGUGAGUCAUGGCGACGGCGGCGACGGGGGAGCCGGUGGAGCCGCAGUCGCUGAAGAAGCUGAGCCUCAAGUCGCUGAAGCGCUCCCACGACCUCUUCGCGCCCACCCACUCCCUCCUCUUCACUCCCGACCAGGAGAGCAAGCAGGUUCGUGUCAGCUGCAAGGUGAAUGCAGAGUACAGCGCGGUGAAGAACCUGCCAACAGAUCAGGGCCGGGAACAGGUGAAGAGUGUUGCAGCAACUUCGACUGCAUUGGCACUUCCAGGAACACAAGGUGUCAAAGAUGCUGAUAACAAAGGCAGCAACAGUACUGCUAUUGUUCCUGCACCACAUAUGCUCCCCAAAGCACCGGAUUCGACAAUACCAGGCAAGAAUACAACCCUGUCGAUUUCUGGGUCAUCUGACAGAUUCUCUACAUCUGCACUUAUGGAAAGGAUACCUAGUAGAUGGCCACGGCCUGUAUGGCAUGCUCCUUGGAAGAAUUAUAGGGUGAUCAGUGGUCACUUGGGAUGGGUGCGAUCUAUCGCAUUUGAUCCAAGUAAUGAAUGGUUCUGUACGGGUUCUGCCGACAGGACAAUUAAGAUAUGGGACCUUGCAUCAGGAACGCUGAAGCUUACACUGACUGGCCAUAUUGAACAAAUUCGUGGGCUUGCUGUGAGCCAACGGCACACAUAUUUAUUUUCUGCUGGUGAUGACAAACAAGUAAAAUGUUGGGAUCUUGAACAAAACAAGGUUAUUAGGUCUUACCAUGGGCAUUUGAGUGGUGUUUACUGUCUUGCUCUCCAUCCAACAAUUGAUAUACUGCUGACCGGUGGUCGUGAUUCAGUUUGUAGGGUCUGGGACAUUCGAACGAAAGCACAUGUUUCUGCGUUAACUGGUCAUGAUAAUACUGUAUGCUCAGUGUUUGCUCGUCCUACGGAUCCACAAGUUGUCACUGGCUCACAUGAUUCAACCAUCAAGUUCUGGGACCUUGUAGCUGGGAGGACUAUGUGUACUCUUACACAUCAUAAGAAAUCUGUUCGGGCUAUGGCACUGCACCCAAAAGAGAAAUCGUUUGCAUCUGCAUCAGCGGACAAUAUAAAGAAGUUUAGCCUGCCCAAAGGCGAAUUUCUACAUAACAUGCUGUCACAGCAGAAAACCAUCAUAAACUCAAUGGCUGUAAAUGAAGAUGGUGUCUUAGCAACUGGAGGGGAUAAUGGGAGUCUGUGGUUUUGGGAUUGGAAGAGUGGCCAUAACUUCCAACAAGAUCAGACCAUAGUCCAACCUGGAUCACUGGAGAGUGAGGCAUGCAUAUAUGCCCUUUCAUACGAUGUCAGUGGCUCAAGACUUGUGACAUGCGAAGCUGAUAAGACAAUAAAAAUGUGGAAAGAAGAUUUGACAGCCACGCCAGAGACCCAUCCUAUCAAUUUCAAGCCUCCAAAGGACAUCAGAAGAUACUGACCAGACAGGGUACUUAAACUCUUUAAAUGUCUACAUGUGGUACAUGUUGUAGUGUUUACGCUAAAACUAAAUUGUGAAUUCCAUGCGGCAGCCUGGGAUGGACCUGUUUAAUUUUUGCCAUGUUUCGCAUCACCAAAUCCUAUCUAUCGAGCAGAAUGUUAACUGUAGGAAAUUUUCAUAUAUUAGAAGAGCUUCCUCUUGGUAAA